AUGCAGAGCAUCGGCCCAGACGGGUACUACAGGAAAGGACGCAACCCUCAUCGAAGUCCGCAACGCUCUGCUUUGCAUACAUUGCAGGCUAUACCGAAAUCCGUUCGUCUUCUACUCAUCACAAUCGUGUCGCUCUGUGCCUUUGCUGGGGUUUCACGUGGACGGGCCAACCUCCUGGAUCAAGUCAAGAAGGCUCAUCCCACAGACUUUAGCCGUCUUCGGGCCUUCAACCUCUCAGUAUGGCCGCCUUCGCAUCCGAUCAGAUACAACAAUGGCACCCAUAUCGAUGAUCGAUACACGUAUAUCAGUCAUCUCGGAACUGGUCAAGAAGGGUCCGUGUCUCUCUAUGAGGAUAGUGAAGGUACCGCUGUCGCAGUGAAGACCUUUUCACUCGCAGCUCGCAAUCAGAUUCCUUUCGAGCUCGUGGAGGACUUUAUCGAUCUCACUACCACCUGGCCGACCGAGAUCGAAGCUGGUGUCCUACUGAACAGCCUCAGGGAUGCCUCAUUUGUCCCUGUUCUGGACUACUUCAUUCUUCAGGAGCCUGCAGGCUGGACCUGGGCUUUCGCAUCGCCUCUACAAUUGGGUGGUACCCUUUUGAGCCUCGCGGAGAGAGAACGACUUGCUUACAAUCCCAGUUCCUUGGAGUCGUUGGACCGCUUUUAUCGCCCGUCUCUCUUGAGCCUGCUGUCGGUCUUGGAAGACCUUCACCUAGCGGGCAUCUGUCACGACGAUAUCAAACCUGACAAUAUCUUUAUUGGCCAAGAUAGCCGCCACUGGAUGCUUGGCGAUUUGGGCAACGUUCGAGAAGUCAAGCACCCUUGGCACCAGACGGCUUCGUGGAUUCGGCAGAACCAACUGCCUGACUGCAAGACCAAUGACGUGAAGAGGACAUUGAAGACAUAUCUGUCGUUCCUGCGCGCUGCAUCGAACGAUGCAGAUGCUUUCGAUCGACAGUUCUGGGGAAGGGGGACUGCAUUGAGCAGGAUGUACUGGGACUUUGUGCUCUAUCCCCUCGAUGCAGGCCGACUAGCAAGAUUGUCGGGAAUCCGGUAUUCACCAAAUCAUGGCACGGAGCUGGACAUAAUCAGUACCGCGGGCAGUGGUGAUCUGCGGGAAGCGACUGAGCAUGAACUCACUUGCACCUCUUUACCCAGACGUCUAUGGUUCACCUGA